UGUCAAUCAGCUGGGCGCGCGGAGGGGACAUCAGAGGCGCGCGGAGGGGGACAUCAGAGGCGCGCGCCUCUCUCUCUCACUGUGUGUAUAUAUGAGGGAGCGUCGCGCGCGCCUCUCUCUCGCUCUCUGUGUGUGUGUGUCUGUGCGCCGGAUCGGUUUCUCGGGGUUUGACCAGUUGUCCCAGGCUAACCCUGCGCGCUCUCCGAAGAUGGAGGAAGUAAAAAAACAGGAUUACCCUUAGCGACGGCACCGCGCUGCCUGAGUUCCCAAGACUAAACACCUUCCCACACCGGCUCAAGGGGGAAAGAGAGAGAGAGGCACAGAGAAAGGGAACAAGCCAAACAAGAAGCAGAGAACGACGAGAGAGAGAGAGGGGCUCAUUAACAAAACAAACAAACAAUCCAACCGGGGUGCCAUGGACUGGAGGGGCAACAUGCGCUGCUGAGCACUGCACUUUGACUAUGGAAGCGGAGGCUACUGAUGGAUACAUGCCAUGUGAUCACGAACACUCGCCCGAAAGGGAGCACUCCAAUAUGGCAAUUGACCUCACUUCAAGCACACCCAAUGGGCAGCAUACCUCACCAAGUCACAUGACAGGCACAAACUCCAUAAAGCUAGAAAUGCAAAGUGAUGAUGAGGAUUCUGACAGGAAGCCCCUGAGGCGGGAAGACGGGAUCAGGGGUCAUGAUGAAGGGAGCAGCUUGGAAGACCCUCUCACGGAAAACCAUGAGAUGGUGGAGCACAGAAAAAUGCAGGAGCUGUCAGGCGAGGGAGGAAUCCGGCUUCCGAAUGGUAAACUGAAAUGUGACGUCUGUGGCAUGGUUUGCAUUGGGCCCAAUGUGCUAAUGGUGCAUAAAAGGAGUCACACUGGCGAGCGUCCAUUUCACUGUAACCAGUGUGGAGCAUCCUUCACACAAAAGGGGAAUCUACUGAGGCACAUCAAAUUACACUCGGGGGAGAAACCGUUCAAAUGUCCCUUCUGUAGCUAUGCUUGUCGAAGGAGGGAUGCCCUCACUGGACACCUCAGGACACACUCCGUUGGUAAACCUCACAAAUGUAACUACUGUGGACGAAGCUACAAACAACGCAGUUCUUUGGAGGAACACAAGGAACGCUGUCACAACUACCUUCAGAAUGUCAGUUUAGAAGCUGCUGGGCAAGUUAUGAGUCACCACGAAGCAUUGCACAAUUCUGAGAGUUCACAAUCUUGUGAGACCACAACUUCAUCUCUCUUACCUACUAUGGAAGAUUGUAAGGAUCAAGAACCUGGGAUGGACAACAAUAUUACUCUGGUGCCUUUUGAAAGACCUGCUGUUAUAGAGAAGCUGACAAGCAACAUGGGAAAGCGUAAAAGCUCCACCCCACAGAAGUUUGUGGGAGAGAAGCUGAUGAGAUAUGGCUAUCCAGAUAUUCAUUUUGAUGCGAGCUUACCUUAUGAGAGAGAUGCUGAGCUGAUGCAAACUCACAUGAUGGACCAAGCGAUCAACAAUGCAAUCUCUUACCUUGGGGCAGAAGGACUACAUCACAUGCCAAGCACAAUUGCUGAUGUGGCCCCUGUCAUAAGCUCAGCUUAUGCUCAGGUCUACAACUCUAACAGAAUAGAAAGGCCCAUGAGCCGAGAAACUACUGACAGCAAUGAAAACAACAUGGAUGGUCCCAUCUCCCUCAUCAGACCAAAGAGCCAACCCCAGGAAAGAGAGGCUUCUCCCAGCAAUAGCUGCCUGGAUUCCUCUGACUCAGAGAGCAGCCAUGAAGACCACCAGUCCUUCCAAGGAAACCCUGCCUUAAAUCCCAAAAGGAAGCCAAGCCCUGCUUACAUGAAGGAUGACUCCAAGGCUUUGGAUGUCACAAAAGCAUCUAAGGGCUCUUUAAAGGAUAUCUACAAGGUCUUCAAUGGCGAAGGAGAACAGAUAAGGGCCUUUAAGUGUGAGCAUUGCCGGGUCCUCUUCCUAGACCAUGUCAUGUACACCAUCCACAUGGGGUGUCAUGGCUACCGGGACCCAUUAGAGUGCAACAUUUGUGGCUACCACAGCCAGGACCGCUAUGAGUUCUCCUCACACAUUGUUCGAGGGGAGCAUACGUUCCACUAGGCCUUCUCUUCCAAAGGGGACUCUGAGUUUUAAAAAAAAAGCAAACAAAACACUUCACAUGAAGAAAUACUGCACUUACAAUCCCACUUUUCCUCAGACAUUGACACACCUUUUGUCGUUGUUGUUGCUCUUACUUUUUUUAAAAAAAUGUUGUAAUUUUUGUUGUUAACCUUAUUUUGUGUAUCCACUCUCACUUGGCACCAGUGGUGAGAUAAGAAGGAAGGAAAGGAAGGGACCAGAGAGUAGUUCUGUUUGUUCUUGCCGUCAUUGUCUUUGAUUUUUGCUCUGAAAACUGGUGUUAACUUUUUAGUGGGAACCGAAAGGCAGUCCGUUUCUGUCACAAUAUUUUUUUUCCGUACAUUUUGUCAUACUGCAGGUACUUCUGAACUCCGCUAGGUGCUCUAACAUCUAACAGCAAAUUGUCAUCUUUUGACAGGUUAAUGAUUUCAGGUAGAUACAUUUCAGAGAAAAAGCCCUUUCAAAUAUGUAGAUAAAUUUUGGGUGACCGUCUGUUAGGGUGAAUUUUUAUUUUGCAAAAUUUUCCAGUUGGGGAGGGAAGGAGCAAUGGUGAGGGAGAUCUCAUAUAAAGCUAACCCAUAUUCUGUAGAUGUAGAAGCAGAAGCAAAUAACAAUAUUCGCUCAGACAUUACUGAGUGAGCUACCUUCCUGGGAGCUGUGUUGUUUUUCUGCGAUAUAAGUGUUUAUGUGUAAUACUGAAUCAUAUAAUAGAAACUUGAUUUUACAUAUGAAAUGACAUCUUCGGGACAUUGGAAGUCCUUUUAUCUCAUUUUUACUUAUUCUAAUAUGCACUUUUUUAAAAAGAAAAAAAGAAUUACUGGACUGCUGGUAUGCUCUUUUAUCAUCAAUAUUGAUUUCCUAGCUUUAUACAGGCACUCAGCCUUAAUUAGGUAGACUCUAUGUACAAAGAAAAACCUUUUCAAAUAUAGUUGGUUUUGGGAAUUGGA